AUGGAGGCCUUGCAAAUUACCCGUCAUGGAGACUCCGUUAUGCCGACACUGUCCUUGGUUACCUGCCCCGUGCCUAAGGUGCGGCCGGGCUUUGCCCUUGUCCGCAUCCGUUUCGCCGGAGUCCAGCCGUCGGACAGAUUAAAUGCCCGAGGCGGCUUUCCCAAGACAACCUUUCCGCGCACCCCCGGCCGUGACUAUUCCGGUGAGGUCGUCGAGGUCGACAAGUCCUCUGGACUUGAUACUUGGGUUGGCAAGCACAUUUACGGGACAAGCAACUCCGAGCUUGGCUUUACUGUCGACGGGACUCAUGCUGAGUUCUGUCUCAUUCCCGAGUCUGUUCUGGUGGAGAAGCCGGCCCAGCUCUCUCUUAGCCAGGCUGCUGCUAUUGGCGUCCCAUACACCACUGCCUUGCGCUGUCUGACUCGAGCUCGUGCUGGCCCAGAAGACACUGUGCUGGUGCUGGGUGCCAGUGGUGCCGUCGGGUCAGCUGCUGUCAAAAUCGCACGGGUGCUGGGUUGUAAGAGAGUGUUGGUCGCGUCCAGGAAGCGCCAGGACUCUCCCGAUGUGCUGCUGCCUGGCCCAGAUUCCAGCGUUGCGCUGCAAGAACAAAUCCAGGCCCUUACCCAGGGCAGAGGCGUCAGUGUGGUUGUCGACACCGUAGGCAGCAUCGCUCUUAUGAGCGAGGCGCUGGAGCAGCUGGCCGUUCGAGGACGCUAUGUUUGGAUUGCUGCUCCGCGGGAUGGAAGUUCCGCCAUGCUGCAGUUUGAUAUUUUCCAGGCAUACAGGAAGGAGGCCGAGUUCAUCGGCUGCAACUCCGGCAUCAAGUCGAACGAGGAGCUGAAAGAGGAGAUGCUCACGAUAAGCAGCAUGUUUGGCACAAAGCAACUCAAGGCACCCGGGGACGGUGACAUUGAGCGUGUAAGCCUUAAAGAUUCUGUUAAGAAGGGUUAUGGGGCCCGGGGCUUAAAGAGACAUGUUGUCAUUAAGAUGUGA